AUGGAAAAGCUCGCCCACAACGUCCGCCGUCAGGUGGUGAACCUCGACUUCCGUGCCCCUCAACGUGGUCACCUGCUACCCGACAGCUCCGGCGCCGUCAAGGGCUCCCGCGGUGCGGACGGCACCGCGGCCACGGUGAGGGUCAAGGAGUACGACCCACAGCGGCGCAGGGCGGAGACGGAAGCUCGGACGGAUCAGUUGAUCCUGGUGAGUCGGAUGGACAAACUCACUGCCAAAGCACCUCUGAUGGUCCCGUGGCACAGCUUGGUGUCGGCCAGUCGCGCGUGUGAGGAGGACUUGGAGCCAGAUGCAGUGCCGGAGGCAGUGCCGGAGGUGGAUUUCAACCUCUUUCAUGAUUUGCUGUGGCAUCGUCGCCGUUUGUCGCAGCUGGGAAGCGGAAUCUGGGCGGUGCUGGUACUACCUGUUUUGGCCUUGUUACAUGCGGACAUGCGUGGCAUCAAUAAAACGGACCACGGAGGAAUUUUUGAGGAUACAACGGCGGUUCUUGACCCAGAAACAGCGGUGGAUUUCAGCAACGAAACGCUGGCAGUGGGAGCUUAUGAUGGUCUUCUGCUUUGGUGGCAUCUCCACAGCCUACAAGCGAUGAGCUAUGCAUGUUCGCGAGGUGAAUUGGCAGAUCUCCAAUUGGCCAGCUCGCUGCUGAGCAUCGACUUCAGCCCCUGGCAGCAGAAAUAUGCGGUGCAGAUGGACAGCGCUACGGCAGCAGGAGCCGAGGCAGUGGAGGACGACAAGGGCGCGGUGAUCGCGGAGAUUCUCAAGGCGACGGUGGUGGUGAUGCAACGGAUCCCAGGCGUGGCCACGGCCGUCGCUGCCGGCCACGGAGCAGUUCAUCCGAAGACGCUCCCAGCGCGGCUCAGCCUUUCGGGGCUUGGCUUCCAGAGAGUUCUGGCCUGGUCCACCCUGCCACGGAGUACCAUCAGCUUCUUGGAUGGUGGGCGCAUUUGCUUGCCACCGGGACUGACGGACUUCAACCUCACCAUCACAUUGCACGAUUUCUUCCUGGGUCUUCCAGUGUCGGCCUCUUCAGUGGUUGACCGCAAGCUCUGGACCGUCUUCGAGCCCUUGGCGGAAGCCAACGAGGCAUCCUGUGCCGAGUUGCGAGGUUUUGAGGCUUGUAACAACCACAGCCACCACGAAGCAACUGCUGCCUCCAGUGGUAUAGCCUUGGCGGCCGGGAAUCGCACGCUGCGGGGGCAGCUGGCAGGGUGCAGGAUCCCGGCGCAGAAUCACAUCAUCGACUUCGGUGUGGUGCGCCCCGACUGGCCCGAAGCCAGUGAUCGUGAGAAGAAGGAGGCUGCAGAAAUUUUGGCAAACUUGGCAACGGAUGACCAGAACAAGGCAGCCAUCGCAGCUGCCGGUGGCAUUCCUCCGCUGGUAGCACUGGUCACGAGUGGCAGCGAUUCUGCGAAGGGUUGUGCUGCACGUGCUUUGAAAACCUUGGCAAAGAAUGACCAGAACAAGGCAGCCAUCGCAGCUGCGGGUGGCAUUUCUCCGUUGGUAGCACUGGUCACAAGUGGCAGCGAUUCUGCGAAGGAAAAUGCUGCACGUGCUUUGGCAAACUUGGCAUUGAUUGACCAGAACAGGGCAGCCAUCGCAGCUGCGGCUGGUAUUCCUCCGCUGGUAGCACUGGUCACCCGUGGCAGCGAUUCUGCCAAGGAAGAAGCUGCACGUGCUUUGGGAAUCUUGGCGACGAAUGACCAGAACAGGGCAGCCAUCGCAGCUGCCGGUGGCAUUCCUCCGCUGGUAGCACUGGUCACAAGUGGCAGCGACUCAGCGAAGAAAAAUGCUGCACUUGCUUUGGGAAACUUGGCAAGGAAUGACCAGAACAGGGCAGCCAUCGCAGCUGCGGGUGGCAUUCCUCCGCUGGUAGCACUGGUCACAAGUGGCAGCGAUUCUGCCAAGGAAUAUGCUGCAGGUGCUUUGGGAAGCUUGGCAUUGAUUGACCAGAACAUGGCAGGCAUCGCAGCUGCCGGUGGCAUUUCUCCGCUGGUAGCAUUGGUCACAAGUGGCAGCGAUUCUGCCAAGGAACAUGCUGUAUACGCUUUGGCACACUUCGCAAUGAAUGACCAGAACAAGGCAGCCAUAGUAGCUGCUGGUGGCAUUCCUCCGCUGGUAGCGCUGGUCACAAGUGGCAGCGUUUCUGCCAAGGAAAAUGCUGCACGUGCUUUGGCAAACUUGGCAUGGAAUGACGACCAGAACCAGGCAGCCAUUGCAGCUGCGGGUGGCAUUCCUCCGCUGGUAGCACUGGUCACAAGUGGCAGCGAUUCUGCCAAGGAACAUGCUGUAUACACUUUGGCACGCUUCGCAAUGAAAGACCAGAACAAGGCAGCCAUAGUAGCUGCUGGUGGCAUUCCUCCGCUGGUAGCACUGGUCACAAGUGGCAGCGUUUCUGCCAAGGAAAAUGCUGCACGUGCUUUGGCACUCUUCGCAAUGAAUGACCAGAACAAGGCAGCCAUAGUAGCUGCUGGUGGCAUUCCUCCGCUGGUAGCACUGGUCACAAGUGGCAGCGUCUCAGCGAAGAAAAAUGCCGCAUGUGCUUUGGCAAGCUUGGCAAUGAAUGACCAGAACAAGGCAGCCAUCGUAGCUGCUGGUGGCAUUCCUCCGCUGGUAGCACUGGUCACAAGUGGCAGCGAUUCUGCCAAGGAACAUGCUGUAUACGCUUUGGCACUCUUCGCAAUGAAUGACCAGAACAAGGUAGCCAUCGUUGCUGCUGGUGGCAUUCCUCCGCUGCUAGCACUGGUCACAAGCGGCAGCGUUUCUGCCACGAAAAAUGCUGCCAAUGCUUUGGGAGAAUUAGCAACGAAUGACCAGAACAAGGCAGCCAUCGUAGCUGCUGGUGGCAUUCCUCCGCUGGUAGCACUGGUGACAAGUGGCAGCGAUGCUGCCAAGGAACAUGCUGUAUACGCUUUGGCACACUUCGCAAUGAAUGACCAGAACAAGGCAGCCAUCGCAGCUGCUGGUGGCAUUCCUCCGCUGGUAGCACUGGUCACAAGUGGCAGCGACUCAGCGAAGAAAACUGCUGCAUGUUCUUUGGCAAGCUUGGCAAUGAAUGACCAGAACGCGGCAGGCAUCGUAGCUGCUGGUGGCAUUCCUCCGCUGGUAGCACUGGUCACAAGUGGCAGCGAUUCUGCCAAGGAACAUGCUGUAUACGCUUUGGCAAGCUUGGCAAUGAUUGACCAGAACAUGGCAGCCAUAGUAGCUGCUGGUGGCAUUCCUCCGCUGGUAGCACUGGUCACAAGUGGCAGCGAUUCUGCCAAGGAACAUGGUGUAUACGCUUUGGCACACUUCGCAAAGAAUGACCAGAACAAGGCAGCCAUAGUAGCUGCUGGUUGCAUUCCUCCAUUGGUAGCACUGGUCACAAGUGGCAGCGUUUCUGCCAAGGAAAAUGCUGCACGUGCUUUGGGAAACUUGGCAAUGAAUGACCAGAACGAGGCAGCCAUCGUGGCAGCCGGCGGAGUCCAAGCUCUUCAGGAGAUGGCCAAAGAUGGCGAGAUGCUGGUGCACCGACAGGUGGCCAAGGAAGCUCUGAACAGUUUUUCCAAAAAGGACAGCAGCAAGCUUGGCCACGAUCCGGCGACAAAGCCGAGCACUAUUGUCUCCGCGGAGAAGCUUCGGGGUGAGAUGAGGACGCUGGAAGCUGGAAAUGAAGAGCUGAAGGCCAAAGCAGCCGAGCAGCUCGGAACUUGGGCAGCCGUUUCGGAUGAGAACAGGGUCGCCAUCAGCAGAGAAGGUGGAGCUGAGGCAUUGGUGGCUUUGGUGGUGACUGGCAGCGAUGAUGCCAAAUGGCAUGCUGCCAGGGCCUUACGAAAUCUCGCAAACAAUUGUGAGGCCAAGGAGGUCAUCCUGAAGGCCGGUGGGAUUGCCACAUUGGAGCCUGUAGUGAGGCACGGGAAAGGGAAGGUGAAAGAGGCUGCGGAUGAGGCUUUGCGACUUCUGUCUCAAAAGCAGGAAACCAAGUCCAUCCAGGCUACAGGACACGGAAGAAUUGCAGAAGGAGGAACAGGAGACACAAUUCCAACUGGGGAAGGCACUCGGGUGGCCAUGUUUUCUGCCAGAUUCGAUGGAGGCCCAAUUGAACAGAAAAUCCGCAAAGUGUUCCAGAUUCUAUGUGACCGAAAGUAUGAUAUCCUCAUGGUGGCUGCAGAUGCUGGCCAAAGCUUCGGGGAUUUGACCACCAAAUACUUGGGGCGGCUGCACAAAGAAAAUGGCACCAUGAUUGCUGUGUGUACCAAGCACUACGGCGAGAUGACUGCUUCUGCUUAUUCGUCCCACAAGGAGCUGAAGUUUGCUCUGGAUUACGAGAAGUUUGUGACAGUCUUGCCGCUGAGGGUGGAUGACACGUACCCGCCAGAACCACCAGGUUGGUCAAACUCGCUUCAGGACGUAUCCUUCAACCAGGGCGCUAUGGCAGCAGCGGGAGUUGAGGCCGUGGAGGACGACAAGGGCGCGGUGAUCGCGGAGAUUCGCCUCUCGAGGCAACGGAUCCCGCGCGUGGCCACGGCCGUCGCUGCGGGCCACGGAGCAGUUCAUCCGCUUCUCGCCCUUGAAGACGCUCCCAGCGCGGCUCAGCCUUUCGGGGCUUGGCUUCCAGAGAGUUCUGGCCUGGUCCACCCUGCCACGGAGUACCAUCAGCUUGCCACCGGGACUGACGGACUUCAACCUCAGCAUCACAUUGCACGAUUUCUUCCUGGGUCUUCCAGU